CCCGAGAUGGUGAAGUGUCAUCUGCUGUGCUCGUCGAGCAGAGACGCUAAAGCCUACCCUCACGUUCAAACCCAUACGCCCCCUCUCUCCAUCUUCUUCAUUGCUACCGCAAGACUUGAUUAUCCGACAGGCUAAUCGACAUCCUCGCAUUCCUCUCUGUCUUGUGUUGCCUUCCUCUCUGUUUUGUUCUACAUCAGCGUCGCCAUUGAAUGAAGUGAGUAGAAGAAGAGGGAGGGUCUGAUACCUCAAAGAAGCUUUUUCUUCACUUGGUAUUCCAAAGUCGGAGCCUUUCAGUUUUUUUUCCUAGUCGAGAGCAAGAGGAGCAUCGCAUGGCUGCAAGGGCUUCAAGGAAUUUCAUCAGGGAGGUUUUGUACAGAAACGUGAGAUUUGGAGCUCUCGGUGGUUCCAGACAUUCGAGUUCGUCUGCCGGAACUGCCCCAAAGAUCCCACAUUUCUCAAAGAAAGGAAGGUUAUUCACAGGAGCCACCAUAAGCCUGGUUAUAGCCGGGGGUGCAUAUGCAAGCACUGUUGAUGAGGCAACGUUCUGUGGAUGGCUAUUUUCAGCAACAAAAUUAGUGAAUCCAUUCUUUGCCUUAUUUGACCCAGAGGUUGCUCAUCGAUUGGCAGUCUCAGUUGCAGCCCAUGGUUGGCUUCCAAGGGAGAAAAGGCCAGAUCCACCAAUAUUAGGGCUUGAAGUCUGGGGACGGAAAUUUUCUAACCCAAUAGGUCUUGCUGCUGGUUUUGAUAAAAAUGCUGAAGCUGUUGAAGGUCUAUUGGGAUUGGGUUUUGGCUUUGUAGAGAUUGGCUCAGUAACUCCUGUUCCACAAGAGGGUAAUCCAAAGCCUCGUAUCUUCAGAUUGCGGCAAGAGGGUGCCAUCAUAAAUCGAUGUGGGUUUAACAGUGAAGGCAUUGUAGUGGUUGCAAAGCGUUUAGGUGCCCAGCAUGGUAAGAGAAAGCUGGCUGAGACUUCAAGCACUAUAUCUCCCUCCAAUGAUGAAGCCAAACAUGGAGGAAAAGCAGGGCCUGGUAUCCUUGGAGUCAAUCUUGGCAAGAACAAGACAAGUGAAGAUGCUGCUGCUGACUAUGUUCAGGGGGUUCAUACUUUGUCACAGUAUGCAGAUUACUUGGUCAUAAAUGUUUCUUCACCAAACACUCCUGGUUUGCGUAAGCUUCAGGGCAGAAAACAACUGAAGGAUCUUGUUAAGAAGGUGCAAGCUGCUCGUGAUGAAAUGCAAUGGGGUGAAGAGGGCCUACCUCCAUUGCUUGUUAAAAUUGCCCCAGACUUAUCUAAAGAAGACCUUGAAGAUAUUGCAGCAGUUGCUUUGGCUCUUCGGUUGGAUGGAUUGAUCAUAUCAAAUACAACCAUUUCAAGGCCAGAUCCUGUAAGUGCGAAUCCAGUAGCUGAAGAAUCUGGUGGCUUAAGUGGGAACCCUCUCUUUAAUCUAUCCACCAAUAUCUUGAAGGAAAUGUAUCUUUUGACAAGGGGAAAGAUCCCUCUCAUUGGCUGUGGAGGUAUUAGCAGUGGUGAGGAUGCAUACCAGAAAAUACGAGCUGGAGCAACACUUGUCCAACUUUACACUUCUUUUGCCUACGGGGGACCUGCACUUAUUCCCCAGAUUAAGGCUGAUCUAGCACAGUGCUUAGAAAGGGACGGUUUCAAGUCCAUCCAGGAAGCGGUCGGUGCAGAUUACAGAUAAUUUCAUCUUUUUGACUGAUCACUGAGAGGGAAUUAUCAAAGAAGUGUAGCAAUAUAUUCAGAGAAGUUGGUAUUUGGUUUAUUUAUUUAUUUGUCAAGCAACUCCCUUCCCCUGAGCAGACGGGUGGUACAAUUUCAUUUCCUGUUCUCUGUUCCUUUUCUUGGAUAUGAACGUAUUUACUGAAUGAUCAGCGGAAAAUUUUGGAUAUUUGAGUGAUGCAGUUUGGGAUGUCCUGAUUCUCAGAAAGAUGCUGGAAUUUGAAGGCGUUUUGUAAGGGGAGGCAAGUUAUGAUGCCAUGACUAUACUAUUUACUCAAACUCCCAAAAUAGGGGAGGCAAGUUAUGAUCCGACAAAUCUAAUGCACCAACCACUUGUAACGCAACCAUGACUAUACUAUUUUAACUUUUUUUUUUUUUGGGUUUUCAAUUUAUCAGCAAUGUCAUAUCACCUAUUAACCUUGAAACAGCUGAAAUCACCUAGCGCCUAUUUGCCGUACCAGUGACCCUGAAAAUCGAUGUAUCCUAUCAUUGAUAUUUUGAAUUUGAUCCAAACCACCUCUUUCUUGUAGUGGGUUGAAUCGAUAGGGUUGCAAAUGUGCAAAUAGAUAAAUCUAAAGUUGAGAUUUGUUUAUAUUUGAA